AUAAAACUCUUCCUUUUAUUAGGUCAGUUUAUAUCUCACGAUCUAUUACAUCUCCUUUAGGAGUAAAAGAAAUGCAUCAUAAUGAAAUACCUAUCCAUAACAAUACCCCCGACUACAAUCGACAAGUCGGCAAAUCCCAUUCAGCAAAAAGGUACAUAGAACGGGCUCAUGAAACACUCACAACUAGGGUUUUCAAAUUGAUAUGUGCCACAUUCAUUGGGCUUCUUAUCAUUGUCGGUAUCAUAACAUUCAUCCUAUGGCUCAGUCUUCGUCCCCACCGGCCCAAGUUCAAUUUACAAGACUUUAGCAUUUCAGGCUUCGAUCAAGUCGAGGUGUUCGAGGGCGCUCAAGUGAUCUUCGAUGUCACUGCUCGUAACCCUAAUCAGAAUAUGGGGUAUUCCUAUGAUGCCAUUCAGGUAGUGUUGUCGUAUCAAGACCAGGACAUUGGAUCCACCACUGUGUUAUCUCCCUUCUUCCAAGAGAAGAAGAAUAUAACGUUGCUUCACGGUGUGCUGAGCGGGAAAAACCUAACGAUUAACAAUCAACGGUGGAUGCAAUUCCAGGCAGACCGGGCAAAAGGUGUAGUGAUAUUUAGGCUCGAUUUCAUGUCGGCGAUCCGCUUCAAGCUCUGGUCGUGGAACAGCCGACGACACAAGGUGCAUGCUAAUUGCGAGAUCGGAGUAGGUCCCGAUGGAAUGGUUUUGGCGAGUUACAAGGACAAGAAAUUCCGUGUUUAUUUCACUUGAUAAUCCAUCAUGCAUGUUUUCAUGUGUUCGAUCAUUUCCAAAGGAAACAAACAUAGAAAUGGAGCUAACCCUAAAUUCAUGUGAACAUAUUGGACAUGUAUCAAUUGGACAAGCUUUUAUUAUUUUAUACUA